UAACCAACCGCUCAAACGCGGAAAUGUUAAGACAACAAAAUCAGAGACAUAAAAACAUACAUGAUGGCCAGCGGUUAGAUUUCAGAAAUUACUUUAGAAUCUGUCUGAAAUGGUUUACUUUGUGUUGAUGUCUUUUAUUACAAGAGUACACACAGAAUAGUACUUGUAUAUUUAAUGUAGCCAUGUUUUGGGUGUUUUUAAUAUACUUCUCGUGAGGCAGGAUGUUUAAAAACAUGUUUAAAUCAGGCUGUUUAGUGCGAACUGCGCAUGUCAUUCUGACCUGGCUCACAACGUUAGUGCUUUUUCUGCAUAACACCGAUCUUCGGAAAUGUCAGGAGCGAGGAGACCUACUACAUCCUGUGAUGUUCAGCGCUUUAGUUCUGCUCUCAGUACUGCUGUACUUCACUGUGUCUCUGAUGGAUCCUGGGUUUGUUCUGUCUGACACUGACACAAAGGGAACAUCAGUGGAUAGCGAUGAAGAACUGGAGGAGAUGAUUCCUCAAGAGCAAAGUUCCUUAAAGCAGCGGCGCUGCGGAUACUGCUUUUUACUGCAACCAAUGAGGGCCAGGCACUGUAGAACGUGUAAGCGCUGUGUGAGGCGUUUUGACCAUCACUGCCCCUGGAUCGACAACUGCGUUGGUGAGCGAAAUCACAGGUGGUUCCUGCUGUAUCUGUGUGUGCAGUUUGCUGCUGUAUCUUGGGGUCUACAGACUGCAUGGUCUGGCGUGGUCUUUGCACCCACCUGGCAGCAGUGGUUCACUCAGAAUGGAUUCCUGCUCGGGGCGAUCGGCAUCACGGGGGUGUUUUCAGUGGUGGUGUUCAUCCUACUCUGCAUUCACCUGUACCUGGCCUCCGUUAACACCACCACAUGGGAGUUCAUGUCCCGCCACCGGAUCCUGUACCUCAAACACUGUGACUCGGAGGAGAACCCGUUCGACAGAGGAGUGAUCUGCAACCUGUGGGACUUCUUCUGCGUCUGUGGGACGGUAGCAUGGGAGAGGAUCUACAUCAGACACACUCACGUGACUGUAUGACUGAUGUUUAUGAGGGAAACGUGUUUUAUUGAGCUCUUCAGAGGGUCUCAACAUUGAUUGUGUUUUACUAAUACUAAUGUGAUGUGGGUAUUGUGAUAUACUUGAUGUAGUAAACCUGCAGGGAACAUGUACAGUAUCUACUUGAUCAAUUAACUAGCCUUUUAAUCAUUAUGUGCCUCAGUUACUGGUUGUUCUUUCACAUUAGCAACGUGCUAAAACAUGCUAAAACACUAGCAAAGUGCUAGCAACAUGUUAAUUCAUGCUAGCAACAUGCUAAAUCAUGUUAGCAAUGUGUUAAAACAUGUUAGCAGGAUGUUAAAUCAUGUUAGCAACAAGCUAAUUCAUGUUAGCAUUGUGUUAAAACAUUAACAACAUGUUAAAUCAUGUUAGCAAUGUGUUAAAAACGUUAGCAACGUUCUCUUUCAUGCUUGCAACAUUUUAGCAACAUGUUAAAACAUUAGCAAUGUGUUAAAACAUGUUAAUAUGUUAAUUCAUGUUAACAAUGUGUUAAAUCAUGCUAGCAGCAUGCUAAUUCAUGUUAGCAGCGUGUUAAAACUUGUUAACGACAUGCUAAAUCAUGUUAGCGAUGUGUUAAAACAUGCUGGCAACAUGUUAAAACAUGUUAACAUGUUAAUUUAUGUUAACAACAUGUGCUAGCAACAUGGGAAAUCAUGUUAGCAACAUGCUAAUUCAUGUUAGCAAUGUGUUAAAACACGUUAGCAGCAUGUUAAAUCAUCCUAACAACAUGUUAACAUGUUAAGUCAUGUUAGCAGUGUGUUAAAACAUGUUAACAACACUCGUUCAUGCUUGCAACAUGUUAAAACAUAUUAGCAAUGUGUUCAAACAUGCUAGCAAAGUGUUAAAGCAUGUUAACAACAUGUUAAUUCAUGUUAGCAAUUUGGUAAGACAUGUUAAUUCAUGCUAGCAACAUGUCAAAAUGUUUGUAACAUGCUAGUUCACACAAGCAAUGUACUAAAACAUGUUAGCAAAAUGCUAAAUAAUGUUAGACACAUGCUAAGAGAUGCUAACAACAUGAUAAAACAUGUUAGGAAGCUUAUAAAACUUUCAAACUUUUAGACAAGGCUUUGUCAAGCAAACAUAAAAGUUUGUCCCGACAAACUUUACUUUCUAGUUUUUUUGUAUUUAUUAAGUUAAAGUGAGUUUUCAAAACCUUUUUUUUACUCAUUUGUUGCGUGAUGUACAUCUGUGACAUGAUUCUGUUCAUGUAACAAGGGACGGUUUGUAUAGUUCUCAAGAGUUUUUAAUUACUUUGUGAGGUUAAUUUUAUAUGUGACUAAAUAAACUUUUGCACACAAUGUUAA